CUGUUGAGCACUACUGGAAGGACAUAGGAUACUUUUUAUCCCUAAAAUUGAGCCGAGUGAACAGCUAGUUAGUUAUUUAUAAAACUAUAGCUUAACUAUGGAGCGUUGGUCGGGCAAGACAGCAGUGGUGACUGGCGCCAGCAGCGGGAUUGGGGCCGCCAUCUCUGUGAAGCUGGCUGAUGCUGGCUUGCGAGUUGUAGGCUUGGCGAUAGGUGAUGAAUUAAAAUCAACAAAUUAUAACAUAACACUCCUAGAAUGCGAUAUCACUAAGCCCGAAAAAAUAGCAUCUACUUUUAAGGCUAUUGAAGAAAAUUUCGGCGGAAUACACGUGCUCGUCAACUGUGCUGGUGUUAUUUAUCCAGCUCAUAUAACAGACGUUGGUGAUUCUCCCAUGAGCAAUGACGAAGUGAUAUCAAUUCUGGACGUGAAUGUGAAGGGAAUGAUGUUAUGCACUCGACACGCAGUCGCGUCUAUGAAGAAGCAGAACUUUAAUGGUCACAUAAUCAACAUCAAUAGCUUAGCCGGCCACUACAUCCCUUUUUCACCCGACAUGAACGUGUAUUCAGCGAGCAAGCACGCAGUCACGGCGUUCACUAAAGCACUUCUCAACGAAUUGGCCCAUUUCGGUAGCAGCAUUAAAGUUACGAGCAUAUCUCCCGGUUUAACAAGAACAAAAAUGGCGCUUCGUGUUGGUGUCGAGUUGGAUAUGCCAAUUUUGGAGCCGAGUCACAUCGCAGAUACAGUGCUGUAUGUGCUCUGUACACCACCCGUGGUUAAUAUAACAGAAUUAACUGUUCAACCAGUGUCAGAGAAGAGGAUAUAGACAAAUGAAAC